CAACCAUCUUUCCUGUACACAUACAGUCUCCUCGCUACAGUCCCAGACCUGCAAUCGCAGCUCUCUUUCCAUCCCUGCUAGUCGGCUAUUCAUUCCUUGGGAAGACAACUUGCUCUAGACGAGUCGAGACUUCCUUGUUACCCAGAGCAAUCGAUUGACAUCGUCGCAAUACACCGCCAUUGUCUCCCCGCCACUCGUAUUAUACCUUCUUGCACAAUGUCCUCUGUAUCUGGUCUGCCCGCGCCCGCUCUUCAGGCCUCGCAAGCGGCCAUCAAUGCCGCGUUGGCUGAGAAUGAGAUUAAAGAGAACGGAAGGGCGAAUGGCGACGAGGCAGAGCCUGGCGAGAUCCAGGAGGUAGACAUGCAGCAGCAAGCAGAGAACAUCCGCACGGUCUUCAAUGACCCAACCAACUUUAAUGUCAAGCAUCCUCUCUACUCACCAUGGACCCUCUGGUUUGAUUCCCCCGCAACAAAAGGCCGCAACCUUCCCCAGACUCCCAUGUCGUCAUUUCCUCAGACCCCCCUACUCCAAACCCCCGGUGCUGCGGCAGCACAAGGCUGGAUGGAGGAUAUCAAACGAGUGAUUAGUUUUGAUAGCGUUGAAGAGUUCUGGGGAUUGUACAACAACAUUGUUCCUCCAUCACAACUGCCGCAAAAGGCGAACUACUACCUCUUCAAGGAGGGUAUCAUUCCUGCCUGGGAGGACGAGGCCAACAAAAACGGGGGCAAGUGGAGCAUUCAGCUUCCGAAAGACAAGAACCGAAACAAUGUCGACAGAAUGUGGCUGUAUACGAUGCUGGCCGCCAUUGGCGAGACAUUCGAUCCUUUGUUGUCAAACCCGGACGCAGAAACGCCUUCCCAGUCGUUGAUCACUGGUGUCAUUGUUUCCACGCGGCCGCAGUUCUACCGACUGUCCAUAUGGACACGCAUUGCGCCGACAGGAGCAGGCGGUGAUGAUGACAAGCUGCGCGAGCGGAUCGAGUCGGUUGGGCGACAUUUCAAGAUGAACGUGUUAGGAUAUUCAGACUCGCAGAAGCUGUCUGGCCCUCUAGCGACGGAGGUAGAGUUUCAGUCACACAAGGACUCGGAGAAGAAAGGGAAACAGUCGGGCAGGAAGAUUGUUGUCUAA